GCUUGGGGCUACGCCAUCUUGGCUUGCAUAAUAAUGAGCCUAGUGGGCCUACUGGCCGUCGUGAUCAUCCCGUUCAUGCACAAGGUCGUCUACAACCACGUCCUCCAGUUCCUCGUCGCCAUGGCUAUCGGGUCGUUGUCCGGAGAUGCCCUACUGCAUCUCAUACCCCACGUU